CCAAAUAUAGACCAAGAAGAGAAGGUAAACAACCAUUAAAGUUUGGAGAUUAUGUUGCAUUUGCUUUUUCAGUUGCACAGGAAAUUAUGGCCGCAAUGUGUUGUUUAAAUAUGACAUGCAUCAUGGCCUUCCUUGCUUCAUGGAUAAUAUGGAUGAUUGUAUCAGCUCACGUCAUCGUUCUGAAUCAAGUGCCACCAUGACUGAGGAGCAGUUGGACUUGCUCCUCUUGAAUCUCCACCAUCUAUCCAAGUAUCAUGCUAAACAGGUUUUUCCAUCAAUGAGUGAAUAUGAGAUUCUUCACAAUGUAUGUGGCAACAUAAGAGAUUUCCAUUUAUUGAAAGUGAAUGGUUGUGUUGAUCAUGAAAUUAUUGAAUAUGUCUUACCUCAGUUUCAACUUAUGGCUGAGAGAGUAGGACGCUUCCUAUGGCAUAAUCAAAUUGGUGGACACUCUCGACUCUUCAAGCGAGCACAUCUAUUCUUGGAGAUUAUUCCAACUCAGUUGGAGGUUAUGCACAUAUGUCUUACAAAUUUAAAAGCUUCAACAUCACCAGAAGUUGGAAACUUUAUUAACCAGCUCCUAGAAACCUCUUCGGACAUUCUUAGAGAAUAUCUGAUUCAUCUACAAGAGCACAUGGUAAAUUUUAUUAUUGCUAGCACUUUGGGGGCUCGAAACAUUCAUGUCAUGAUAGAGUUCCUAUUAAUCAUUCUCACUGAUGUGCCUAAGGACUUUAUUUGUAAUGGCAAGUUGUUUGAAUUCCUAGCACGUGUUGGAGCACUUACCAGGGACUUAUCAGUUAUUGCUUGCAACUUGGAAGAGAAAUCAAGGAAUGGAGAGAGUACCAAUGAAACAAACAGUGCAACUCUAGGCUUGCUCGAAAAUAUUAAAUUCUUGAAGAGAGAACUCAAAGAUGUUUACCUGAAAGCCCCAGACUCAUCUCAACUCUGCUUUCCCAUGAGUGAUGGACCCCUGUUCAUGCAUCUUCUACUUAGACACUUAAAUGAUUUGCUCAAUUCUAAUGCUUAUUCAGUUGCUUUGAUAAAAGAAGAAAUUAGGCUGGUGAAAGAAGAUCUUAAAUUCAUAAGAUCUUUCUUCGAGAAUGUUGAACAAGAAUUGUAUAAAGAUCUCUGGGCACGUACUUUAGAUGUGGCAUAUGAGGCAAAAGAUAUCAUUGAUUCAAUUAUUUUAAGAGAUAAUGGUCUCUUACAUCUUAUUUUCUCACUUCCCUUUGCCAUAAAAAAGAUCAAUCUUAUCAAAGAAGAUGUCUCAAAUUUACUUGAGAAGAUUUCCAAGAACAGGGGCAUCAUUGUUGUGAACUCUCCCAACAAGCCAGUUAAGCGCAAGUCAUCAAUAGCUGGUAAAAUAAUUGUAGGUUUUAAAGAGGAGACAUACUUGAUAAUUAGGAAGCUCAGCAAUGGACCAAAAACACUAGAUAUCAUUUCGAUCACUGGUAUGCCGGGUUCGGGUAAAACUACUUUGGCGUACAAAGUGUAUAAUGAUAAGUCAAUUUCUAGUCGUUUUGACAUCCGUGCAUGGUGCACAGUAUAUCAAAAAUAUGACGAGAAGGAUCUGCUGGAAAAACUAUUUAAUCAAGUUACUGGCUCAACUUCGAAAUUCAGUGAGAAUAUUGAUGUUGCUGACGAGCUAUGGAAAAAUCUGUUUGGAAAGAAGUACCUUAUAGUCUUAGAUGAUUUGUGGGAUACUGCAGCAUGGGAUAAGUUGAGAAGACAUUUUCCUAGAGUUGAGAAAGGAAGUAGAAUUAUUUUGACGACUCGGGAUAAGAAAGUGGCUUUGCAUGCACAACACCACAGUGAUCCGCUUGAUCUUCGAUUGCUAAGAUUAGCAGAAAGUAUGGAGUUAUUAGAGAAAAGGGUCUUUGGAAAAGAAAGUUUCCCUGAUGAACUACUGGAUGUUGGAAAAGAAAUAGUCCAAAACUGUAAAGGGCUUCCUUUGGUGGUUGAUCUGAUUGCUGGAGUCAUUGCUCGGAAGGAAAAGAAAAGGAGUGUGUGGCUUGAAGUUCUGAAUAAUUUGCAUUCCUUUAUUUUCAAGCAGGAAGUGGAAGUGAUGAAGGUUAUAGGAUUAAGUUACGACCAUUUACCAGAUCACCUAAAGCCAUGCUUACUUUACUUUGCAAGUUAUCAGAAGGACAGAGCACUUAACGUCCUUGUUUUGAAAAAUCUUUGGUGUGGCGAAGGACUUGUACAACAAACAGAGAUGAACAGUUUGGAAGAAGUGAUGGAGGUUUAUUUGGAUAAUUUAAUUUCCAGUAGCUUGGUAAUUUCUUUCAAUGAAAUAGGUAACGAUCGGACUUGCCAAAUUCAUGAUCUUGUGCAUGACUUUUGUUUGAUAAAAGCAAGAGAGGAAAAGUUGUUUGACUUGAUAAGUUCAAGCGCUCCAUCAUCAUCUUCUUCUGAUUUAAUGCCACGUCAAAUAACCAUUGAUUAUGAUAAGGAGCACUUUGGGCACAACAAUUUUGUCCUGUUCGAUUCAAAAAAGAAAAGGCAUUCUGCUAAACACCUCUAUUCUUUGAAGAUAAAUGGACACAAGCUGGACAACCGUCUUAAAGUGUUGGAAUUAUACGGCUCUUUUAUCAAGGUAAAUGAUUCUUUGCUGAAUGAGAUAUGCACGUUGGUUCACUUGAGGUUCCUACAGAUUAAGACACAAGUUAAAUCUCUCCCUUCGUCUUUUUCUAAUCUCUGGAAUCUAGAAACUCUGCUGGUGGAAAACGACGGACCGCCCUUGAUACUUCUACCGACAAUUUUGGAUCUUGUAAAGUUGCGAGUGCUGGACAUAGAUGACUGUUCUUUCUUUGAUUUGGAUACCAAUCAACCUAUACUGGUAGCAGAGGACUCAAAGUUAGAGAACUUGAGAAUAUUAGGACUCAAGCUUUCUUAUUCGAAAGACACAGAGGAUAUUUUCAAAAGGUUUCCUAAUCUUCAAGAGCUUGAUUUUUUUCUCAAGGAAUCAUGGGAUUGCUCAGCAGAGCAAUAUUGGUUCCCCAAAUUGGACUUCCUAAAUGAACUAGCAUCCCUCCAUGUAGAAUUUGAAAGUUAAAAUUCAAAUGAUUGUGCACCCUCUGUAGCGGCAAAUCGACUGUGGGAUUUUCGCUUCCCUUUGAGUUUGAAAAUAUUGGGUUUGUGUAAGUUUCCUCUGACAUCUGAUUCACUAUCAACAAUAGCAAAACUACCCAAGCUUGAAGAGCUGUACCUUGAAGACACAAUCAUCGAGGGGGAAGAAUGGAACAUGGGGGAGGAAGACACCUUCCAGAAACUCAAAUGUUUGACGUUGCAGCGAGUGAGUCUUGCUAAGUGGGAGGUUAGAGAGGAAUCCUUUCCUGCGCUUGAGAAAUUACGACUGUGGGAAUGUCCUAAGCUUGAGGAGAUUCCGCCUAGUUUCGGGAAUAUUUGUUCAUUAAAAAUUAUCGAACUGUGGAGGAGCCCUCAACUUGAAGCAUCUGCUCUGAAGAUUAAGCAAGAUGUAGAAGAAAUGAUGGGGGAUAUUCAGGUCCUUGUUUUUAACUGAUUAAGUCCUUUUACCCUGGGAAAAUAUAAUGCAUGUAAGGAAUACAUCCAGCUUUAGAGGCUAAAGAUAAACCCUUAGACAUCUAAUGCAUUCUCCCUGCUAUUUCCGUCCUCCUUUUCUUCAUUUUGUGGAUAUUGAUUACAAGGGGAUGAGAAUAGUGCUGUAGGAGGUGUAUUUGGAGGAUAGCAAGAAGUGAAACAAAAGGCGGGCAACCUCUGUACUACAUGAAAGUUAUCUGGUGGGCAACAGGCUGGUGGAAUUCACUCGCACCAAGAAUCAGCCCAUCGAUGCAUUUGGAGUUGAGGCUGCUAUAUCUUUGAUCAAAAUGUUUCAAUAGGUGCUGCUGUACAAUAUUUGGCCUCGUGUGCAACAGUAAGUGUUAUUAAAAAUCCUCCAGUGCCUAUUAAUACAUCAAUGCAGGAUAUCCCAUCCCAAACUUCAGACAAAUUGUUGCAAGAAAAAUGUACUAAUCCUAAUGUGAGUGGGAAAGAUGCAGUAUUUCAGUCAAAUUUGAGUAGUACCGCUACUGGUAGUUGUGAUAAUAUAAGGGAAGCUGAAAUUUUUAGUCCAAAUGUGCAAGAGCCACUAAGCUAUCACCUCCUUCACUGAUACAUUGUGCUUUGAAUACCUUGUGCAGACUGAAUGUGGCUAUCACUGAUGAGCACGCUGCUUCUGUUCCUCUGUCAAGAAUCUCCAAGGCCUCCAUUGUUGAUUUUGAUGCCAAAGUUGACGACACUAGCUAUUGAAAAGUAUUACAAGGGGCAUGAGAAUAAUGCUUUAGGAAGUGGCAUUAUAAUAUCAACUUUCCUAAAAGUUAGUCUUGGGAAUGUGCAAAGCACUGAUGCAUAUGCUUAGUGUUCUGAGAAAUACUAUCAUAAUAUGGACUAAUCAUGUUGGAGUCUUGAUGUUGAAUACUGAUAAACAAUGUGAACUCAGUUUACAUAACAGUGAAGAGAGAGUAGAUGCUGGUGCAACAUCACCUGUAAUGCAGAAAAUUCAAAUUCUCCGGUCUUUAUUUGUAGUUGCAGUUAGCUCUA